GAUUUACGAGACGAAAAGAACCUUGUUUCUUCUCACCUCGGGAAAUACAAUAUUAAUAUAAAAACGCUUGCUGUCCAGCUCAGAGCACCAUUGCAAUCCACGCUUACAACGGACUAAGUUAUCCCGGCAACAAUUUGUUUUUAAGUGUCGAUAACCUUUGCCAUUAACGUUUAUAAAUAAAAGCAGUAUUUUAUUUUCGUGAAUAUUCAGAACAGAUUUAGACGCGAUUCAACAAUAUGGCUUUCAAGUUCGGUUUACUGCUGUUCGUCAGCGCAUACAUUUGCAGCACCCAGGCGUUGCCUCCCUGCACGUGCACCAGGAACUACCUCCCCGUGUGUGGUUCAGACGGCACAACUUACGCUAACCCGUGCUUACUCGAAUGCGCCCAAUACACUUCGAAGCAAGACAUCACAGUCGCCAAGCAAGGACCCUGCGAUGGCAUUGUACCGGAAGUUUGCAUCUGCCCAUUGAAUUACCUCCCCGUUUGCGGUACUGACGGCGAGACGUACGGAAAUGAGUGCAGCUUGAACUGCGAAAAGGCACGCAAAGUUGGUCUGCAAUUAAAGCAUAACGGUGCUUGUGGGUCUGAGAAGGCCGAAGAGCCCGUCUGUACUUGUACCAGGGAGAAGAAGCCAGUGUGUGGCAGUGAUGGUAAGACGUACAAUAACGAUUGCCUGCUCAACUGCGCCACCAUUCAGAACAGCAUGCUGAGCAUCGCCAGCUACGGCCCCUGUGAAGACAAAGUGAAGGUUGUCGACAAUAUUCAUUUCUAAAUUGUUCUUUAAUUUUUUAAAGGAGUACUCACUGCCAUAUGUUAUAUUGCAUUUAACUUGUUACUAGCUGUUAUGUUUGUUACAACGCAAUUUGUCAAAACGUGUAUUUAGUUCCAGGAUUUCAGAAACAUCACUGGAUUGUAACAAGUAUGCCUAACGCUUUUAUUAUUUAAAUAUGUAUCACUUAUCCACUCUUCUGAUGUAUAACAUUGUUGUUUGUGAUGAAUGAAUGUUUCGUUAUUUUUGUUGACUACUAUUAAAAAAAUGUUUAACUGAUUAAAAAA